GCAUUACUAUGGAAGCAAAACAGGCCAUAGACCCUCCUAAAGAGAAUCUAUAUGUUUAUACCAAGUCUCUCACCAUCAAGAUACCAAGUUCUGGCAACAACCCAGGUAAGGGGGUUCUGAUUAAUACUUUUGCUUCAAAUACAGAUUCUAUACCUCAGAACUUUGCAGCAUUUUCCAUGAAAUUGUCUCCAAAUAACUCUCCUGCACUCAUCUCUCCUCCAUCCUCAGCAUUUGUCUCAGCAUUACAAUCACCUUAUAUUUCUCCCAGGGCCACCUUAGUUGCAAAUCAGCCAGCAGAAAAACCGAUAGUUCUAGCCACACUCUUCCAUCCCUCCCCACAACCAUCAUAUGGUGGUUCGCAGUCGGACAAUGUGCCUAGCACCUCCUACACUCCACCUCUAGAAAGAUAUGAUUUUUCAGGUAAACCUGCAGGCAAAAAGCACAAGGUUAUUACCCGUGUUCCUGUCUUGGGACAGGAUACAGAUCCUCGAAUUUUAUUUUCAUUUCCUGUCCCUCGGAUUUCAUUUGCAAAAGCCACCAUCUCACCGGCUUCCAAUGCCAAAUUAAGGAGCUUUGAUGUGUACAUAGGAUACCAUGGAUGGAACCCAAAUUUAGUAAGGUUUUGUAAGUGGGUUAAGUCAGAGCUUGAGCUUCAAGGAAUUGCUUGUUUUGUUGCAGACAGAGCAGCGUAUGCAGAUAACCAAAGUCAUGAAAUUGUUGAUAGAGUUAUUUGUUCAGUAACCUUUGGUGUUGUGAUCAUCACCAAUUAUAGCCUCUUUAACCAUAUGAGCCUGGAAGAAGUAAGGUUCUUUGCGCAGAAGAAGAGCUUGAUUCCCUUGUUCUUUGAUAUGGAUGCCACUGAAGUUGCUAGUCUUGCAAAUCAUCAUUCUGAAAACAAGAAAUUUGAAGACUCAUUGGAUGCAGUAUUAAAGUUCCAUGACCAUAAAUUGGAGGCAAAUAAGGAUAAUUGGAGAAGCUGUAUAUCAAAAGCAGCAGGGAUUUUGAGGGACAGGCUUGGGAGAAGAGUAGCUGAUAAGAAUACAGAAGGGUUAGAGGAGUUUCCCUUUCCAAGAAAUAAAUAUUUUGUAGGAAGAGAGAAAGAAAUUUUGGAAAUUGAGACAAAAUUCUUCGGCUGUGGGGAUUCUUUUCAGGACGAAAGUCCCAUACCAAAUGUUAAAGGAGGAACUCCGGGACAAUCCCAAGGCCUUGCAGACAAUCAAAGCAAGGAAAGACAUAAAGAGACUUGGGUAGAACCAGUGGUAGGAAGUUCUCUAAAAGGACCCAAAUACAGAAGAUCAAAGAGUGAGAAGGAUAAGAGCUUUCAGAACAGUGUGGUAUGCAUUAAUGGAUUGCCAGGUGUAGGAAAGACAGAGCUUGCUUUGGAAUUUGCAUAUAGAUAUUGCCAGCGGUACAAGAUGGUUUUCUGGGUAUGCGGAGAAGCUCAGUAUUUUCAACAGAAUGUAUUGAAACUGUCUCUUAAUCUAGGCUUGGAUGUUAGUGCAGAUGGAGAGAAGGAAAGAGGUAGGAUAAGAACUUUUGACCAGCAGGAGUCUGAAGCAUUCAAGAGAGUGAAAAGGGAGAUGUUCCAAGACAAGCCUUAUCUACUGAUUAUUGAUAAUCUAGAGACAGAAGAGGAGUGGUGGGAUGGAAAAGGUUUGCAUGAUCUAAUACCCAGAAACACUGGCGGUACCCAUGUUAUCAUCACAACAAGGCUUUCCCAAGUAAUGAACUUUGAUACCAUGAAAAUUCAGCCAUUGCAUGCAUCUGAUGCAAUGAUAUUGAUUCAAGGGAGACAGAUAAAGGAGUACCUGGUUAGAGAGGUAGAAAUUCUUCAGAGAUUUGUUGAAAAACUGGAGAGCUCAAGUUUUGGAUUGUGGAUAGUUGGUUCCCUGCUGACCGAGCUUGCAAUUUCUCCAUCUACUCUAUUUGAAGCUGUGAACCAAAUGCCACUUGAAGACAUAACUAGCUACUCUAGUUUGAGCAUUGAUGAUAAAAAGUUCUGCAGAACCAAUCCUUUUUUGAUGAAAACACUGGCUUUUUGUGCAACCAUCUUGCAACAAAUGACUGCUAGAGAGAAUUUCCUUGCUACAAGAAUGCUUCAGGUUGGGUCCUGGCUUGCCCCAGCUCCCAUCUCAGUCAACUUACUAGCUGCUGCAGCAAAUAAAAUGCCCACCCCCAGAAAAAGGUUCACGAAUUGGACAAACUGCAUAAAACGUACCCUCCUUAAUUGCACAAAACAGUGUCUAACAUGUCAAAAAUGGAAGAGUGAGGAAGAAGCAGCCUUACUGUUAGUUAGGUUUGGUCUCGCAAGGAGAGCUAAUAGGAAGCCUGGAUGCUGGAUUCAGCUCCAUCCCAUUACACAAAUAUUUGCAAAAAGAAAAGACGGGUUAGCUGCAGUCAAAGCCACUCUCCAAGGAGUAAGAAGUAGUGGGAACCUGCAAAUUGAUUCAGACCACCUGUGGGCCUGCGUUUUCCAUGUAUUUGGGUUCAAAUCUGAGCCCCCAAUAGCCCAGCUCAAGGCAAUCGAUAUGGUUCUCUUCAUUAGGAAUACAUUUCUACCUUUGGCUAUCAAUGCUUUCACAACUUUCUCAAGAUGCCGCAUAGCCUUGGAGCUUUUGAAAGGCUGCACAGAUGUCCUUGAAGAAGUGGAGAGAUCAUUUGCAUCCCAAAUACAGGAUUGGUAUCAUGGCUCUCUUUGCUGGAAAAAGAAGCCGCAAUCCAACCAAAGGGUGGAUGAAUACAUGUGGCAGGAGGUGACAUUGUUGAAAGCCACACUGCUCGAGACCAGAGCAGAGUUGUUGCUGAGAGGAGGACACUUCGAUAGCAGCGAGGAACUAUGCAGAAGCUGCAUAAAUAUCAGGACGGUGAUGCUUGGCCACAACCAUGCUCAAACAUUAGCUGCUCAACAAACAAGAGCACUACUUGAAACAUGGAACAAGUCACAAUAUUGAGUACAGUUUGUAUUAAACCUAUCACCCAAUUCUGGGAAAAAGCUUGAAUCUUAAAACACAUUCCAAUAC